CCCUUUACUGCUGGACGCUAAGGGGUCGGUUGUCCAGGAUAAACUGGAUCCCCUGUUUCCGGUCGCCGGUUCUUUGACAACAUGGCGAACCAGCGACCCCUGUCCAGUCUCGGCCGGCAGGUAAGCCGGGGUGGACCUCAGGUUCCAGGGGCAGGAAGACCCACGACGGCAGUCAGACCUCCGCCUACACCAAUGCGUGUUGUGACCGGGACUGUUCCAGGCACAGGUGGGCGUCCUGGAACUGGUAGGGCUGGGCCUGUUGGCAACACUGGAGUCCUGUCAGCCCAGAUCAAAGUGACCGACAGGCCUGUAACCCAGCAGGGGCUUAUUGGAAUGAAAACUGGCAUGAAAGGGCCCCAGAGACAGAUCCUCGAUAAGUCUUAUUACCUGGGACUGCUCAGGAGUAAGAUCACGGAGUUAGCCACUGAGACCAGCAAACUACAUAAAGAGAUGGACAACUUCAAUCAGGAGAACUCUGUCUACCUGUCCUAUGAGAAGAGAGCUGAAGGCCUUGCUGGAGAGAUCAGGGAUCUACAAGGUCAGCUAGCUGACUACAACAUGCUGGUGGACAAGCUCAACACCAAUACCGAGAUGGAGGAGGUGAUGAAUGACUUCAGUAUCCUGAAAGCCCAGAAUGAUAGAGAGACAGAAAGCAUGGACGUAAUCUUCACUGAAAGGCAGGAGAGAGAGGAGGCUAUCAGGGCUAUUGAAGAUGAAAUUGAAAAAGAAAGGUGCAUCGCCGAUGAUGUCGUCAAAGCGAUGUCACCUGCUAGGCGGGAGAAGUACAUGGCUAUGAUGAAGGUCAACAAGGAGUUGAUACAGGAGCUGAGUGUUUGUCAGGAGGAGCUGGAUGCAUUGCUGACCAGGAAGGAUACUUACGAAGUGGUGCUGGCUCAGUCCCAGAUGAAGCAGGAAGCAGUACGGCUUCAUGAGAUGCUGUCGACGUUGGAAGCGAGGCGUAAUGCUAUGGAGGCUGAGGAAAGGAGCCUUGGAUCCCCUCAGCAGGAACGGGACAAGUUAUUUAGACAGGUGAAGGAUGACAACCAGGAGAUUGCCAGCAUGGAGAGACAGUUGGUGGAGAUCAGGGACAGGAGCAGUCAGAUUGCUGAGGAGAUCCAGCGGCUGGAGCACAACUCUGAGGAGGCCCACGGAGAGUGUUCCCAGAAGUACAAGGAGCUGAAAAAAAAGGAGGAAGAGAUAGAUCGGUUCCUGGAGUCCUUUGAGGAGACCAUGGCCCAAGAGCAGGGGAGGACUGUGCAUUCCCAAAGCAGUAUCGUCUCUCUCCUGGAACACUCCAGCAGGAACAUGACACGCUUAAGUCAGGUAGCCACCGUGACGGCCAGCGAGCUGAGGAGCAUGCAGGAGGUGCUGCUCAACAAGGAGACAGAGGUGGUCCAAUCACAGACCACUGCCAGAGGGCUGUCAACUGAGUCCCAACGUCUCCAGCAAGAUCUGGAAAAGGUUGAGCAGCUAGAGGGGAAGAUCAAUGGGGAGCUCAGUGCCCUGAAGGAACGCAUUACCACAAUGGAUGCUGCACUAUGCACUUACCGUGACCUGGAAGCCCUGAAAAGUGUAGGGGAGGACAAGAAAAAGAGACUACAACAGGACCGAGUAUCACUGUCUCAGCAUCGGGACUCACUGCGACAGCUGCUGCAGGACCUGAACCACAACUAUGAAGUUCUCAAGUCCAAACUUCACGAGAAUGAGACCCAUGCUCAGCUGGCUAACCUGGAGCGGAAGUGGCAACACCUGGAGCAGAACAACUAUGUCAUGAAAGAGUUCAUUGCCUCUAAAGCCCAGGAGAGUGACUAUUCUGCAGUUUCCAAGACUGUCACCCAGCAGCUCGCUGACUACAACAAGAGCCUCACUAAUGCCCUGCAGAACAACAGGAGCUGAGCAGGCAGAGAUACAUACAUGCAACUGCACACUACACUACACAUAUAGGACAUAUUUCUUCCAUGCAGGGUCCAUUUUCCACAGCUUUGCUUCCUGCAGCUUUACUUCCUGCUGCAUCAGUGUGGGUGUGGUUGUGCUGUAACAGUGUGAGAGUAGAGUCAUUGCUAGUUUUAAUGUAUCAUGUUUUGGAGCAUUUCAUAGGUCAUUGAUAAAAUAUUAAAAUAUUUUAU